AUGAAAGGGCAUUCGUUGUUCUGGUGCUACGUAUUCCUUGUCUUUUCCUCAAUUUCACCCUCCUAUCAAGAGGCAUGUCCCACUAUGGGCACCUCAGCCUACCUACUCAUCACAAUUUCUUCUGCGCUCGAUUAUGAGGGAUUCGUUGGAUUGCUGACAUUCUAUUCAAGACUUAUGCCAGUUCACGAAAUGAUCAAGUACAAACUGAACUUUGGCACGAAUCUAUCCAUCACAAUUGAAACGGAAUCGCUUGAAAAAGAAGUUCAGUCAUGGAUAAACGAUAGCGAGCAGAUGGAGAAAUUUUGGCGAAGUGCCAGAACAAAUAGCACCGCCUUUGUGCAAUGCGAUGAUCCCGCUUCACCGUUAAGCGCAGUGAUCAGAAGUUUUUCCGACCUUAUCGAUAAUGACAACCAACAUCCUUCUACUGUGCUGCAAAAGAAGCAAAUAGUGCUGCUCACAGAUUAUCUACCUGUGAAUGUCACUGCUGCAAUGAAUACGAUCACAUCUGUAAACGAACAGAAGCUUGCUCUCGUCCACGAAUUGAACGACACUAAUUUUAAACUGGCUGUAAAUUUCCCAGUAUAUUCAGCUGGAGACGAUAUUGAUAUGACGGAAACAAUGGAACGUUUUCAACAGCCGUUAGACUUCGAAUUCCCUCAAGCAAUCUACCAGGGGAAACCGACGAUGCACGACCUCUUGUUCAUGACGGAAUUUGACGCCAAAGUUAUCACUGAAACUCUUCGUAAUGCUUUUCUUGGAGAUUUAUGCUCUCUCCCAAGCAAUAAGAUGUACCGCGAUUUUUUGUUGGUACAGUAUGCUGAUGGUGAAUCAGUUCGAAUAACUGCCUCGAAACGUGUGUGUGAUCCUGCCGUCGUUGAUGUCAUUGGUCGAUUCGUUUCUGCUCUUGAAGCGAACAACUCGUUUACAUCGUUGCUUUUUAGCAACAGUUCAUGCAUAGAAGCAAAAUUCUCCAAAAUAAACAGUUCUUGGCCUGUUAAUGCAAAGUUUCGUUUGGUGUCGAAUCAAAAAUUGGAAGAUAUAUAUGGAAACCUUACCAAUCCUCUCAUUUCGUAUGGAUAUAUCAACGCAUCGAAAGAUUGGCAAAUUGUUUCCAGCGAUGCUUUCUACCUCACUAACUACAGUACUUCUUGUAGGUCGGAAGUGGAAUUCGUGCCUUUGGUUCCUUCUCGACCCUAUCACAAACCCAAACGCCUGUACAUCGCCCUGGAUGAUAUGGUGUGGAUCUCCGUUUGCGCUACCAUCAGCGCCACUGUGUUUGGUGUGCUCAUUUAUGGUCACGUUAAAAGACAACAUAAGAAGCAGAUGGAAAUACUUACGGAAAUGAUGCUUCAACCGAAACUAUACAAAGCCGCAAAGGAGUGUCCGAAAGUGGCACGACUUCCAUGGGAGAUCAGAUCCGAUCAUGUUCAUAUUGAUAUGGAAUUCCUCCUUGGGGAAGGUACAAUAUCGAAUGUUUAUUUAGGAAAAUUGAAAGGAAAGGCUCCAAUUCUUCAAUGGAUCGGCCGAGUGGAAAUGAAACAGUAUCAGGAUUGUCCGGUUGCUGUUCGAGUACCACGUCAUUUCGAUGAACCAGAAGAAGAUCAAUUGUUUAGAGAGAUUAGUUCGAUGAGAAGGCUGCGACACCACGAUCACAUCGCUUUAUUCCUAGGAUGGACGAACAAAAAUGAAUUGGUGUGUAGUUUGCUUGAGUUGACGCAUAUGAAUCUACUGAAGUAUCUCGGACAGAUCAAUGAGACGGUCAUAUCGACUGAUGAUGGUCAUGCGGCGACCUCCUAUAUUCCCUACCAGAUGCUCUUUAAAAUAAUUUGGGAGAUUUGUGAUGGAAUUAGCUAUAUACACUCCCGAAAUUUGAUCCAUCGCGACAUAGCUGCUCGAAAUGUUCUCCUCACAACCGGUUUAAGAGCAAAAAUAAGCGGUUUUGGAUUCUGUUCCGAUCCGGAUGAUCCUAAAUUCUCUGGGAAUUCACUCGCUUUGCGGUAUCUUCCGGUGAGAUGGUUGGCUCCGGAGUGUUUUCAAGGGAAAUUUUCCUCGAAGAGUGAUACAUGGUCAUUCGGUGUACUUUUAUACGAGAUUUUCACCCUUGGUGAAGCUCCAUACGAAGAUUUGGAAAAACCAGAAGAAAUUGUGGAAAGCGUUCGACAUUCCCGGAUCCCUGCACAUCCGAAAUAUGCCUCUCGGAAGACAUACAACAUCAUGCAACAAUGCUUUCAUCGUUACCCGGAGAGACGUCCACCUUUUACUCAUCUCAUGGAUGUGUUCUUAAUGGAAAUGGAAAGUCUUUUCGUCAACAAAGCGUUUGAUGUGGAUGAAGAUAACUGA